AUGCUUAGGACUAAAAGGCGUUCGCACUCGUUAAGAAAGGAGAACUCACCCACAAGAAACGACGGAUCAAGUGAAAGUAGGGGUAGCAGAUCCAGGAGAUCAUCGAUUACUGACGUUAGCUCAGGAGUGAGAGGAGAAUUGAAAAGACGCAAUUCCGUUAAGCAUGGUGCCGAUGACUCCGAAACAGAAAGAUCUUGGAAGGAUUCAAGACGGCUAAUCUUCAUCUUUGGUGCAAUGCUGGGUUUACUGCUAGCACUUUGGUUUGGCUCGUCUACCGACAAGUAUAGGAAUGAUAUAUUUGAAAACUUUUACGUGUUGGAGUCCGUCCAAAAUUACGUUGGUGAUUGGAAAGGCCUGUUACCGCAAAGCGUUUCCAGUUUGAUUGACGAUUUCCAAUUUGACAACACACAAGCGGACUUGACUGAAUCGUUUGCCGUUGGAAAACAGUUGAGAAAAGAUCUCAACUUGACGGAUAAGCAUCCGUUGGUAAUAGUUCCCGGUGUCAUCUCAACUGGCAUUGAAUCCUGGGGGCUGUAUAAGGAUGAGGAAUGUGAUAGUGAGCCUUAUUUCCGGAAAAGGCUUUGGGGUUCAUUUUAUAUGUUGAAAACAAUGGUCUUGGAGAAAAGCUGUUGGUUAAAACACAUCAAGUUGGAUCCCGAGACCGGUCUUGAUCCACCAAAUUACAAAUUACGUGCAGCUCAAGGGUUUGAGGCGGCCGAUUUUUUCAUGGCAGGUUAUUGGUUAUGGAAUAAAGUGCUUCAAAACUUAGGCGCAAUUGGUUAUGAGAGCAAUAAGAUGGUAACAGCCGCGUAUGAUUGGAGACUAUCAUAUCUUGAUCUAGAAGUCCGUGAUCGUUAUUUCACCAAACUAAAGAUGCAAAUCGAGUUGCAAUUGGAACAAACUGGAGAGAAAUCUGUGUUGGUUGGCCAUUCGAUGGGAUCACAAGUAGUGUUCUAUUUUCUAAAAUGGAUAGAAGCAUCUGGUGAAGGGUACGGUAACGGCGGUGAGGGAUGGGUGGAUAAACACAUCGCCGCGUUCGUUGAUAUUGCAGGAACACUGCUUGGUGCACCAAAAUGUGUACCAGCGUUGAUUAGUGGCGAGAUGAAGGAUACUAUUCAAUUAAACACCCUAGCUAUGUACGGUUUGGAGAAAUUCUUCUCCAGGCGUGAAAGAUUAGAAAUGAUACAAACUUGGGGAGGAAUUCCAUCGAUGUUACCUAAAGGUGGUGAAUUGAUUUGGGGUGAUCUCGAUUUCUCGGUAGAGGAUAAUGCAACUGCUAACAAUAACACUGAUACAUAUGGUAACUUUAUUAGAUUUGCUGAUGUCGAUGGGAACUUCCUUGCUAAAGAGAAUUCAACAUGGACAAAUUUCACCAUGAGCAGCGCCGUUCAAUACGUUAGAGACACCUCACCAAGCUGGUUACAAAAACGUAUCACUGAUCAGUAUUCUUUCGGGUACGCGAAAAGUGAGCAAGAAAUGAAGAACAAUGAAUUAUACCAUUCAUAUUGGAGUAAUCCAUUGGAUGUUCCCUUACCAAAUGCCCCAAACAUGAAAAUAUACUGUCUUUACGGAAUUAACAACCCAACAGAACGUGCUUAUACAUACAAGAAGGAUUCUGAAUCCAGUUACUUGAACAUGACUAUCGCUUACGACUCACCACAACCAGUGUUCUUUGCAGAUGGUGACGGAACAGUCCCACUUAUGACACAUGCAAUGUGCCACAAAUGGAAGCAAGGCGUUUCUGCUUACAACCCUGCUGGUAUUGAAGUCAAAAUUGUGGAAAUGAGACAUCAACCUGAUAGAUUCGAUAUCCGUGGGGGCGCCAAGAGUGCCGAACACGUAGAUAUCUUAGGCAGUGCUGAACUAAACGAAUAUAUUCUGAAAAUUGCCGGCGGAAAAGGUGAUACCAUCGAAGAAAGGAUCUUAUCUGAUCUUCCUGAAUGGAUAAACCAAAUUCAGUUCCCCUUGUAA